UUUAGUGGUGGGAGAAGACUAGUGGCGUCACCGUGGAGUAUAACUGACAAAGAGGUAGCUUCUAGUUGCAUGGCACUUGGCAGCUAGUAGUGUCACUGUAAAGACGCCACCUGGGGAAGGAUGCUGACAUAUGCAGCCGAGCUGCCACUGCUGUAUGCCUCUAGUAGUGGCAUCACUCUUUUGUGUUUGUGAAGGCAUUAUUAUCAACUCGUUGGUUAUUACUGUCAACUACAUUUCGAUUGUUGUGUCAAAGGUACUGUGCUAACCAAAGAUGUAGUCAAGAAGCUGCAAAGUGAAAUGUUUCGUGUGUGCAGUGUAAGUGUGUUUUGGUCGUAAAGAGUGGUGUUUGUGUUUCCGUUUGGAAGAAUUACGAUAACUUUAGAACUGAAAAUGCCGUUAAUAAUUAUAACAGGCUAUCCGAGCAGCGGUAAAACUACUAGGGCCUCACAGUUGAAAGAAUACUUCGAAGAACGUAUGAAAAAAACAGUCCACACAGUAAAUGAAGAAACUGUUAUGAAAACCAUGGGUGAAGACAGAAAUUCGUUGUUCACCGAUUCAGCGAAAGAAAAAGCACUUCGUGGUGCAGUCAAAUCAGAAGUGCAAAGGUUUAUAGACAAAGAAUCUGUCAUUAUCAUAGAUGCUGGAAAUUACAUUAAAGGUUAUCGGUAUGAACUAUACUGCAUCUCAAAAGGUGCAGGAACAACACAAUGCACUAUUCACUGUGGAGUGGAUGAAGAUACAGUGCACAGGUGGAAUUCUGAGAGGGAGUGUGGCUAUAAGGAAGAUGUUUUAAGAGCUUUAAUCAUGCGCUAUGAAGCCCCAGACAGCAGAAAUCGAUGGGAUUACCCACUCUUCACAGCACUGUUCACUGAUGAUUUGAAGUAUGAUGAGAUAUACAGCUCAUUAUUUGAGAGGAAACCGCCACCACCUAAUCAGUCAACGCAGUGUGCUCCUCUUUCCUCAACAAAUUUUCUGUAUGAGCUGGACAAAGUGACCCAAGAGAUACUAUCUGCAAUACUCUCAGCUCAGAAACUAGGUGUCGAUUCAGAUAUAAAAAUACCUGGUUUUAAGGAUUCUGUCAGAACAAAUGGUGUGAAACUCUCUGUCCCUCAACUAAGCAGGCUACGAAGACAAUUUCUGAGUUAUACCAAACUGCAUCCAUCAAAUGACAUUUCUAAAAUAGGCCCAUUGUUCAUACAGUUUCUUAAUAGCAACAUAACAUAAAUGUUUUACUCAUAUUUGUAUGUAUGUUGGUACCAAAAAUGUUUUGCUUAUGUAUGUGUAUGUUUUAUAAUAAAUUGCUAUAUCUAUAUUGAA